AUGGCGGGGGUGGGGUCGCCAACAACUGUAUCACCAGGAUGCGCAGUUCUGGAAGUACACCGACUGCAAAUGGAUGUGGCAGCAAUGAAUCGUCAGGUUGCAAUGAUGAUGAAACUUACCGAUGAAAGCAUUGCGGCAAUUAAGGCAGCUCAAAAGGCUAGACAAUCAGCGCGGAUAAAAAUUGAUAAACAGCUUACACCGAUCAAAUUAAAAUGCAGUAAGCGUGCAGUAUUUCACCCAGCAGUGAAGAUGAUCGGUGGGACAAACCCUGAGCAAGAGGAAUGUGGACACGGCCAGAACAUCCAGACGCAGUCGUUUUUGGAUCCAGGCGAGCGCCGCUCAAAUACGGGGAAAGUGAAAGUAAAAGUGAAGCAGCUGGAUUAUCAGCGCUGGGUAUGGAGCAUCAUUGUUUUGUACGGUGGUCUUGGUGAUUUGGAGGCAGUAUCGAAAUUGGCAGUGGCCAGCAAGCAAAAAGUUUUCGUUUUGUUAUACAGGAAGUGCCGGGUACUCCGGCUGAUGCUGUCGUUUGUGAUGGUCAAAAGGCUUACGGUGCAACAGACCACUGCAAAGGCACUUGCGGAGACGCGUGAAAAACUGAUGGAAGAGGAGGAGAAAAAAAAGAAAAUGAAGGAAUCAUCG